AUGGAAGCGAGGAAGAUAAAAUAUGUUUUUGAGGACUUUGGCGAGUUUAUAGCUGAUAAUGAUGCUUCAUGCGAUGAUGAUGACUCAUCGGAUGGAGAGGACUCAUCUGACGGAGAACAAGAGAGCCUCAUCCUUGUUCAUGAGCAUCGUUACAAAGACAAUGAACAGGAAAGUAGAGGUCUGUUUGCUUUGGACAGAAAUUUGGUCACUGACCUUGCCUUCUUGUAUACCAAGCUUUGGGUCCUAAGUGAAGAACACAAAUGGAAUGGAACUUACCAACUGGAGUUUAAGGGUAUCAGGCUCAAUCAACAAACUGGUAAUUUCGAAAAAGAAACAAUUUGGUAUACUCAGCCCGAGCCCUUUCCAGAUUUCCUUAAAAGGGUUUUUCACAUCGACCUGUAUCAAAUCAGCUCUGGUGAUGGAGACAAGACUUCUGCCAACUCAAGUGCUACUGAUGAUUUAAAGUUCAGAUUCUCCUCGAAGGAUUCCUCUACCAAAAAAGAAGCUUUCAAGGAUGACAAAAGUCACAAGAUAAUAAGCAAGGAGUUCCAUCCAUACUUGGAAUGGUCUGCAGAUGCUGAUGCCGACCUUCCACCUCUGCAAUGGCCAUUAAUUGAUAAGGAGGGAAAUAUUGACAUGGCGGAGUAUGAAGACCUAAUUUCACAUACCCUUAUGCACUUGAUGCUUGGAAUGUACACAGAGAAUGAUGCUAAGGAGGUUCUGAGAGAUGUACUGAAGAAUGAAUGGAAAUCACAAUGGAGGAUCAUUAUUGUGGCAAGUUGUUGGAGCUGCUGGUAUUAGACAAACAUGUUAGGCUGUUUUGACCUGACUCCGGGGUGACAGAGCUGAUGAAGAUCGCCAGACCAACAAUGAAUUGGACUAUUGAUCGGAAGAAUAGCCAAGAAAGGUGAGCUCUGGAAAAUUGGAAGAAGGCAGUGCCAGCAAGAAGUUCAUCAGUCAUUCUGAGUGACAUAGAGAUGGGAAUGAGGAACAUAAAAGUAAGGAACAAUAUGUUUUUGAGGACUGACUCGUUUAUAGCUGAUACUGAUGCUUCAUGCGAUGAUGAUGACUCGUCGAAUGGAGAGGACUCAUCUGACGGAGAACAAGAGAGCCUCAUUCUAGUUCAUGAGCAUCGUUACAGAGACAAUAAACAAUAAACUAGAGGUGUGUUUGCUACAGAAAAUUUGGUUAUUGACCUUGGCUACUUGAAGGAAAAGAUUGAGGGCAUAUGUGUUACAAUUAAUUUAGUGGUUUCUCUACUGAGUGGGUCAAUGUCCG